UACAAUGUUUUGCUUAUUUUUCUGCUUCAAAUAUGGAAUGCGUUUGGACAAGAUGAGUUGAAUAGAAACUUCUUUCCGGAUACCUUCAAGUUUGGAUUGGGAUCGUCUGCUUAUCAAAUUGAAGGUGGAUCAAACGAUCAUGGGAAAGCGCCAAGUAUAUGGGAUUUUUUCACUCAUAAUGCUUCGGAAAAAAUAGAGAAUAAAAGUAAUGGCGAUAUUGCAGCCGAUUCUUACCACAAAUAUAAACAAGAUCUUGAAAUUGUCAAGGCUUUAGGGGUCAAUUACUAUCAACUUUCUAUUUCGUGGCCAAGAAUUCUUCCUGACGGUUUAGCCGGUAAAAUAAACAAGGCGGGAGUCCGAUAUUAUAAUCGUCUUUUAAAUUUGUUGAGAAAGAAUGGCAUUGAAGCAGUGGUGGUUUUAUAUCAUUGGGAUCUUCCUCAAAGCUUACAAGAAGUUGGUGGAUGGACCAAUUCGUCGGUUAUUAACGAAUUCGAAAAUUAUGCGAGAGUAGUAUUCGAUUCGUUUGGAGAUCUUGUUUCAACUUGGAUAACAUUUUACGAUCCUUACAGGAUUUGUGAGGAAGGAUAUGGUCAAGCAAAAAAAGCUCCGGGAUACAAUCAGUGUGGUAUCGCUAACUAUUUGUGUGGUCACAAUGUUCUCAAGGCUCACGCGAAAGUUUGGCAUAUAUACGACACUAAAUACAGAGAAAAACAUGCUGGAAAAAUUGGAAUUGCUAUCAAUGCUCCUUGGAUAAAGGCUAAUAGUUCAACAUCGGCGGACAUGGAUGCUGCUGAAAGAGGCUUGCAAUAUUAUCUAGGUUGGUUUGCCAAUCCAAUUUUUUCAAAAAAUGGAGAUUAUCCUCCGGUGAUGAAAAACACAAUUGCGUAUCGCAGUGCGCUCGAGGGAUUCAACGUGUCGAGAUUGCCUACAUUUAGAGAAGAUGAAGUUAAUUUUAUAAAAGGAACUUCGGACUUUUUCGGUCUAACUCACGACGAGACCCUACUGGCCAGCGAAGGAGCUAUCAUACCAAUAUCGACACCGUCAUUCAAGCACGAUAUGAAUAUUAGUCAGUUUUACGACAACACGUGGCCUAGGACCCCUAUAGGAUCGUAUAGCAUUGCACCGUGGGGUAUGUAUAAUAUCUUAAUGUACAUACACAAUCGAUAUAAUAGUCCAGAAAUUUACAUUACCGGUAGCGGUUAUCCUGAUUCUGGAACCCUGAAGGACACGGGACGAAUAACAUAUUUUCAGCAAUAUUUAAGUUCGGUACUCGAUGCUAUUAGUAAUGGUGUCUUGGUAACGAGCUACACCUUUUGGAGCCUCUUAGACGGUUUUGAAUGGGAACAUGGGUACAAUUUGAAGUACGGUGUUGUCCAUGUGGAUUUUGACAAUACCAGCAGGACCAGGACGUUAAAGUUGUCCGCGAAAUUCGUCAAAUAUCUAACAAAAGAAAGGCAUAUCGAAUAUGGGCCAAACGUUGGAGGCAUUGUUAUUAUUCCCGAAAAAUUAGACGGUUUGGAGGACGACGAGGACAGUGAUGCCGAAGUUAAAGUCACCACGGAGACCAUCAAGAAGAAAAUAGAUGUCGUUAAUGAUAAUAUUACGUCUAUUGAAAAUAUUUUUCCUGAUAUACCAGAAAUAGAAAUUUAAAACAGACAACAAGACAUAAAAUAAAUAUUCCAUGUUAUUAUUAUUUUUCGAUCUUCUCUAUUUGUUUAUUUUGAA